CGGCGCUGUCAAGCAGGCCAUUUCCGCCGCUGCCACCAUUCCUUUACCUUUUUGAUCAGCAGACGUAAAGCUGGUCUUUUUUUGCGGGCCGCAAAAUAUCUGCUGUUUUCGCAAGCAUCUUUCAAUAAAACCGAGUGACAAUGGUUGUUAAGAAGCCCAGGCCAAAGAAGAAGCCAGUGACCAAGAAGGUGGCUCCGGCUCCUCUGGCAGUCAAGAAACCAGUGGUCAAGAAGGUUGUCAACCAGCUCUUCGAGAAGCGUCCCAAGAACUUCGGCAUCGGCCAGAAUGUUCAGCCCAAGCGCGACCUGUCCCGUUUCGUGCGUUGGCCUAAAUACAUUCGCGUCCAGCGCCAGAAGGCUGUGCUGCAGAAGCGUCUGAAGGUGCCCCCACCAAUCCACCAGUUCAGCCAGAGCCUGGACAAGACCACCGCGGUCAAGCUAUUCAAGCUGCUGGAGAAGUACCGCCCGGAGUCUCCCCUGGCCAAGAAGCAGCGCCUCAAGAAAAUCGCCGAGGCUAAGGUCAAGGGCAAGGAGGUGGAGCCCAAGAAGAAGCCCAGCUAUCUGUCGGCCGGCACCAACACCGUCACUAAGCUGAUUGAGCAGAAGAAAGCCCAGUUGGUUGUGAUCGCUCACGAUGUUGAUCCCCUGGAGCUGGUGCUCUUCUUGCCCGCCUUGUGCCGCAAGAUGGGUGUGCCCUACUGCAUUGUGAAGGGCAAGGCUCGCCUGGGACGCCUCGUCCGCCGCAAGACCUGCACCACCCUGGCCCUGACCAGCGUUGACAACAACGACAAGGCCAACUUCAGCAAGGUCCUGGAGGCCGUCAAGACCAACUUCAACGAGCGCCACGAGGAGAUCCGUCGUCACUGGGGCGGUGGCAUCCUCGGCUCGAAGAGUCUUGCCCGCAUCGCCAAGCUGGAGCGCGCCAAGGCCCGUGAGCUGGCCCAGAAGCAGGGUUAGAGAACACAGCCUAGCAGCAGCGUACAAGACCUAUGCUAUAAGGUGGAGACUUUAAGUACACAUCAAUGAUUUGAACGGGCAAUGACUAUCUGCCUGUCCACUGAGAAACAAUAAACUUUUAAGUGUACAAUUUUUUUGUUUUUUUUUUUUGUUUGUAUGUGCGUGCGAGUGCUUGGACGAGCCAAUCUCGGGUUGGCGGUCAAUAAAUCAACCAUAACUUCUA